UCACAAAAUGCAUCAUCAUCACCAUCACGCACCAUUCGCCAUUGCUGGCCUUCUGAUUAUUGUUACAAUACUAACCGGAGUGGGAACUUUUACAAAUUAUUGGGGUGUUUCUGGAAACUUGCACAUGGGAAUUUAUCAAUGGGGACAGGCAGGCGCGAACAGAAGUUUCCAAAGAAGUGCGGGGUGGCUGCAAUGUGUCGUGGUUUGUCAAUUAAUGGCAUUCUCAUUUGAGCUCUUGUUUUGUCUUCUUGUCAUACCUGCAAUAGUUUUCCGAAGAAUGAUGCCGGUUCAUGCAGCGUGUACUCUUCUCUCCUUGAUCAUAUUCAUUUUACUUCUUAUUUCCAUCAUUGUAUUCGCGGCAAAUAUUGGAAGCUUCUAUUACAACGCAUUGAUUUCGUUAAAGCUCGGAUGGUCAUGGGGAAUCACUUUGGCUGCUACAAUUCUUUCAUUUCUUUUACUACUAGUAUCUGGAAGUGCAACUGGAUAUGGAGCAUACUCGGAAUACCGAUAAAUACUUAACUUGAACAUACUUAACGCAAAAGCUUUAUUCAUGACAAAAUAAACAGUAUUGACAAUUG